GCCUCCCUCAUAUCGUGAGGCAAUGGAUGCCGAUGCCAAGAUCUGGGGGAUGGAUCGUCUGGCUUUCCUUCGCAAAGGGCAGUUUGCGGGCUUGGUUCUACUAAGUCUGACAGCCCUCCUCUUAAUUCGUCGUGUGUGCUGCGUGCGGCCGAUGCGUCGCUUUCGCUGGAAUGCGUUGGUCUGCAUUCCGGUCAAUCCUUCAGCGGAAGUGCGGGGUUCCGCUCGGCCUGACAGCUCUCCUCCCAAUUCGUCCUGUGCAGAGAAAGCGGCCGAUGUGUCGCUUCCACCUGUGUGCGCUGGGUUGCACUCGGGUCAAUCUUCCAGCGGAAUUGCCAUGAGCACUUCCACUUUUGCGGAGGGGCCUUCGGUUGAGGCCCAAGCGGAUGCCAUCUCCCAGCCUUCGGCAGAGGAUAUCAUACGGUUCAUACAUUCUCUCAUGCCGGCGUUCGCUUUUCAAGCCUUUGCCAUUUUCCAGAACAUUGGAUCUGAGAGGCGUGUAAACGCCAAUAGAUCUACGUGCUCGGAGCCUGCUGGCCAACCUGUGUCUGGAUCUUCUGACUCCGAUGUAGAGGUAAUCUCGGACGAGGACAGCGGGGUGCCAGCCCUGAGUCCUGCUCUUCCUUCUAGCAACACUUUGACUUCUGACUCCGUGCCGUGUGGUCAAUUUUUGCUCGACUUGUGCUCUGGAGCCGCUGCCCCAUUGUCUAAGGCUGCGCAGCGCAUCGGUAUCGAUGUCCUUCCCAUUGACAUUCUUGUGUGCCAUUCGCAUGAUUUGCUGCAGGACAGUUUUUAUGAAUCCUUGCUUCGCCUGGCGUUUAGUGGACGCGCACGCUAUGCAGCUGGAUCCCCGCCGUGCUCGGAGUACUCUCUACUGAAGCAAGCUCCUGGGGGACCUAGGCCGUGUCGAUCCGCUGAUCACCUCGGUGGUUUUCCUGAUAAUUCUCCGGCGUUGCAAGCUAAGGUUGAGUCGAGUCGUACUCUAAUGCAGCGGACUGUGCAAAUCCUCUUAGCAGUCUACCAAGCCGGUGGACACUGUGCGCUUGAGCAGCCGCGAAAUUCUUUGGCGUGGCGCGAAGAUUUUGUCCAGUCUUUCAUGCAGCAGAUUCAAGCAGACUUGAUAGUUGUUGCGGCCUGCCUAUAUGGCAUGGACGCGUACAAGCAUUGGAUUUUUGCCACAUCCUGGCGUGCGUUGCAAAAACUCCAGGGAAUUUGCCCUCACGCCCGCGACUAUCAUCCUAGUUUUGUCGGGAUUCAAGAGCCGGGUGGGGGAUAUAUUUCCAGGGCCACGGCGAUGUUUCCUGAAUCCCUUGCUGAUGCAUAUGUGGCUGCGCUGGCCCCGCUCUUUGACCCACUGCCCACGGGCCAGGGCAAGUGCUUGACUUUUCCUGAAGCAUUGCAGACCAUUCCAGUCAGGCCCUUGGAUGACUUUCCUACAGCUUCCCAAGAUGGUGGGGGCAUCUACUCUGUGCCCGAUUGGACGAGCCCGCAGCCUGGGUUCGAUGAUAGUUUUGCGUCUGUGCGUCAUGAGCUUCGCAAGUUUUUUGCUCAGAUCCGUAUUUUCUCUCGUUUACGAGCCCAUGUGGAUGCCCCAACCUCUGAGCCUCUUUUCACUUCUGCAGAAGUGCAGCAUAUGCGGACGCUCUGGGAAGCAUGGUUUCAAGAGCAAGGCCACUCCGAGCCUAUUUCGUGGGCGGCCGCCCCUAGGCAACCGUACUCGCUUGAUGCCUUGCAAGCUUUGGCCACUGUGCUAGGUGAUAAGGAUGUUAGUGCUGAAGAGGCCCCUGAGUUGCUUGAAGAGUUAAUUCAGGAGGAGCUUAGCGCAGGGUAUUUGGAGCCUGUGCCAUCCCUUGAUACUGCCCAGCAGCGCUGGGACCAGGUUGCAGUAGGCAAAGCUAAUGUUGUGCAGGCCGCGGGCCGCAAGCCUCGUUUAAUUAUCGACCCGACAAUUUCGGGCGUUAAUCCAGCUUGCUUCCUCCCAGAGCGGUUCACGCUUCCUACUCUGGAGGACCUUCGCAAUGCAGUGCCUCUCUGUGGGUGCGGUGAAGAAAUCGGUGGAUUCACUUUGGACAUUGCUGCUGCGCAUAAGACAGUCCGGGUCAGAGAAUCUGAGCGUGGACUUCUCGGUGUGUGCAUACACGGCCGUUAUUACUUUUAUAAGGUAACCCCUUUUGGAGGCGCCUUCUCUGCCUUAUGGUGGCAGCGGUUAGCUGGGUUCCUGACUCGGGUUGGUCACCGCCUUGUGUGGAUCAGCCAUGUUCUCAUGAUAUAUGUGGAUGAUGCUUUGCUGAUCCAGGCUGGCUCGGUGCUUCCGUUUGGCGCCGCGCUGCUCCUGGGGCUUUGUCAGGCUUUCGGCUACCCUUUGAGUUGGAAGAAAUUGCAGCUUGGGCCCGAAGUUGUGUGGAUAGGGUGGCAGUUGUGUUUUCGUUCACUUGCUUUCCGGCUCCCCAACAGCAAGAUCGUACGCCUCCUGCAGGCCCUGCGUGAUGUCCUUGAACCGGCCAGCACUACAGUCAAGUCCCUUGAAAAGCUUAUCGGCAUCCUUCACUGGGUUAUGCAGAUGUGCCCACAGCUACGCCCGUGGCUAUGCUUUCUGUACUUCGAUAAAGACCGCCCUCCUGCGACCAACUUUUCUGCCAGCUUGCCAGUGUGGCAGAAAAUGAGCUGCUAUCUAGAUGAUAACAUGGUUUUUCACACUAGGCCGCCGGGUACUAGCAUCUCCGUGGGAGCUGUGCUUCUUGCAGCGCGGCGUCGCGCCCUCAAAUCAAAAAAGGAUCUUGCCAUGGUCAAGUGCACCGGCAAGCGCAUGUGGAUGCGUGUGGCGGAAUUGGCACAGUUAGACAUCGUGUGUUACGAGACGCUGGCGCAAGUUGCACUGGUGCUGUGCUAUGCCAGUGCUUGCCGAGGGGCCAAGAACGACGAGGCUGACUGGUUGAGUCGGUGGAACCAAGCAGAUGA